GUUUUUAGAGAACGUUUGAUUAUUAUACACAUUUUCAAGUUCAAACUACAAUCACAACCGAAGUUGGAACAAGUUAAGCGAAUUGCUUUCCACCGCCAAAGUUAAUAACUUUGAAUAAGUUUAAAAACCUCUGAGACACUAGAUAAAAAUGAAACUUGUAUGUGUUUUAAUAUCGUUUGCGUUUGUAAACGUUUCAGCUGUAACUCUAACGGAUUACAAAAUGGAAUUAUACAUUACAAACAACUAUUUUAACGUAGUACAACAAAAAAAAAAUCUCAUGUGCUCAUUAGUCAAAAAUUACUUGUGUUCAACUGAGUCGACAAAUUAUGUGCACGGUUUCGUCGAAGGGUUAAUACUGUCAGCUACGUCAUUUGAGGAUUUGGUUAUAGCGUUGGCUGCUCCAGACUACCCAGACCUUGACCAUUUGGACCAAAGUGUAAAUUACGAGAAACGAAUACAAAAUUUACUAAGAUGGAACCACGGUAUCGAACUGGGAUUUCCCAAUACCUCGGGCAAAAAUUUUGAUAGCAUUGAAUUAUCAGAUUUGGCUAAAACUAGAAGAAACAUAGUGAAGCUGUCUUUGAAACGUUUACACAAGAAAGUAAUAGGUCAAAAUGAUGGUGAAAACUUCAAUGAAUGCCAGAAAUGCUAUAUAAUAGCGUUGAUGAUAAGUUUGAAUAAGCCACGUAAUCGCAUAACCAAAGCUUAUAUCGACAACAAGGGUUAUUGUAACCUAACUGACUCUUAUGGUGGUAAUUCAUUGUUCGAAGUAUGAAAAAAGAGAUCAUGUAGGUAUAUCCGAAGAGUACAUCCACUUACUUUUACUAUUGAAAUUCUUGUAAUAAAUAAUGUAUGUAAACGAAUAAUUAAAUAUAUUAUUGUUAAUAAAAUGUAAAAUCAAUAUAAUAACUGUUAUAUUUAAUAAAUUAGAAAAAACAAUGUUA